UUCAUGAUUCAACUUGUGUGUCUUUUGUCGGCAAUCGAAAAUAGGGAAAGCUAUAAUAUUAUUAAAUAGUAUUAUAAAUAUAUAUUUUAUAGACUGGUGUGUUUCAAUCACUGAUGGAUUUGACCAAAUAAUGUAAUUUACGAACACUUAGCUCUCUUAUUUAUGCAAUGGGGUUUAAUUUUCUUUUCCUUUUCGUGUGCUGUGUUAUAAUAAAACCUAUUUUGGCUGAAAGACUCCAUGGGCAAAUUUACUCAUCUAUAGAAGGUGGUGCAGCAUGUUUCAGACGGCUAAACGGGACCCAUCAAGCUGGGUGUUCAUCAUCCAACAAAGGAGCUAUUGGGGUUGUGCAUAUGGUUAAAGAUGUGACUGAUGCUCAGUGGCUGGUGUUCAAUGGCAGUGCAGGCCCUUACAUGGCUGUGGUCAGCACAGCCACUUUCCAGAAUGUUGUUGAUUUACUCAUGGAUAAUCCACAUAAUGUCGCUGGAAUACUUCUCUAUGAAAAUGCUACUGAGAGGACCAAUUCCUUUAGCCAGGAAUCUGCAUGUCCAAAUGAAUACUAUUCAGCACAGGGAAGCCAAUGCUCUGCCAAAGAUAAGUCUGCCUGGAACCCUAUUGGCACGGGCCUUAUCCGAAAGGACAUUCCCUUCCCAAUAUUUUACUUGCCAGCUGCGCGGUUAGAGGAGAUUGUUAAAAUUCGUCAAUGUUAUGAAAGGUACAACCUUGACCUGGAGUCACAAGUAGGGAAACCAUUAUGCUCCAUACAGUUGAAUUCAUUCAUGUGGGCUGCUGUAAACAGCAUUGUUUGUAGAAGGAGAUCUGCAGCAAGUGCACUUUUAACUGCAACUAAAGUAUGCGACCCAUUAGGAGACAAUAAUGUGUACUAUUCAUUGUUUCCUCGAGAUAAGGGUCAAAAGAAAAAAGACGUUAUACUAGUAACGGCCAGAAUAGACACAGCAUCACUUUUCGAUGGCAUAGCACCCGGAGCAGCCAGCUCAGUCGUCGGGAUGGUGGCACUUAUGUCGGCCGCCGCGACUCUCAGCAAGAUCGUACCUGCAGCCGACGCCUCCAAAUAUGGCAAAAAUGUCCUCUGGACUCUGUUGAACGGGGAAUCGUUCGACUACAUCGGUUCGCAGCGCGUCGCGUUCGACCUGGCGCGCGGCGCCUGGCCGCCCGACGCGCCGCUUGCGCCCUCCGACAUCGCCCUGCACCUCGAGAUCGGCCAGAUCGGAGGCUCGCUGCCUAGCCUCAAGGAUAACGAAGAUUGGCCGCUCUACGCAUAUGCUCCUGAAGACCCUGGCACUUUAUUUAAUAUAACAAACUUCCUGAAGGACCUGAAGGAAUACCUGAGCAAGAACAACGUUACAGUGACGGAAGCAUUCUCGAACAAUCUACCGCCUUCCUCACUGCAUUCGUUCCGUCGGCUACUGCGCAACGCGACCAGCGCGCUGCCCGAGUUACUGCUCGCCGACCAUAACGGACCAUUCACUAACAUGUUCUAUAAUUCGGCCUUGGAUGACUAUGAGAAGAUUAACUACAAAUAUCACAAUAUUACUAUUGGAACGGAUGGGACUUUCGUACCGACGGAAACGUUAGUGAGCACAGGCAACAUGACGAGCAGGGACCUCCAAGUGAAGAUCGCCCACGUGGCCACGGCGCUCGCGCACACGCUGCACCAGCAGGUCACAGGGCUGCCCUACUCCGGUGACGUCACCGCUUCUGCUCACUUGGUGGACGAGCUCUUGUACUGUUUCCUCGAAGACAAGCUGUGCAAGCUUCUCUCCGCCGCCGACUUCGGCGGGCAGACGCCGCCGGCGCCGGGCGAGGAGCCGCCGCGCCCCGCUCCGCUGUACGUGGGGGUCGCCACGUACUUGUCGAGUGCAACCGCCUUCGCGGGACACCUGAUGGCGCUACUUGCGGGGCAGCACCUCACGCUAAACAAAACCGAGUGCGAUGCCGCCGCUAGUCCGGAUUUCUCAUACUAUUGGCUUCGCGGCUGGAAUCACAGUGGAGUUUGCAUAGAAACGAAUAUGAAUUUCAGCGAAGCUAUUAGUCCUGCCUUCAUAGUUCCAGAGUACGACUUCACAUCCGGCGAGUAUUCGACAUGGACGGAGUCGGUAUGGCAGGCGAUGUGGGCGCGCGUGUUCGUGUCGUCCGGCGGCGGCGGCGCGUCGGCCGCUCUCGCCGCCGGCGCCGUGCUCACCGUGUUCACGGCCUUGCUCACCUACUGGCUGCAGCGGAACGUGCACCACGUGUUUGUGAACGCGCCCCAUCCUUCUAUACACAGCAGCGAGGCGGUGCCUGGAAUACUUCGCACUGUGAACUGUUAAUCUACGUCGGACUGCAUACUGCAGCGACGCAGCAGUUCGGAAGGCGCAAUUGGCGGACGUGUACUCUACAAGCAUUCCAUGCGAAAUUAGUAUUAUAGUCUCUCUUCAAGUUCUUUUUAGUAAAAUUUGCCUUUUAAAUAACCAAUAUUUAUUAAUUAAUUAAUUAAGAAUAAUUUUUUGUAAUUGCUUUGCUAUUUUAUCAAUUGAUAAUUUAAUUUAUUUAAUUAGGCAAUUAGAUCAAUCGAGUACUGACAUAAUUACCCUAGAUUAUGUUACUACCUGGCGUAGUAGACUUACCUACAUCCAAGUUUCCACAUUAAAUAAAUUAUUUUUUUACAUUGCGGUUUUUUAUUAUUCUACGCCACAUAUUUAUAACCUAAUCGCGUCAUAAAGAAAGUAACUUUCUUCGGGCGUUCAUUUCUUUGACAUACCCUCCAAAUUUUUUUAUUACUUCUCGAUUACCGCCGUUACUAAUCUUUGAACUAUUAUAGUAAACCCAUGGUUUUCCCAUGGUUUAACCCACGUCACCAUUGUGGUCGAAUGGCCCGGGCAAUCGGGCAUCUAUUUGCCGCGAUAGCCGAGGACGCUGGUUGUGUUGUCCUUGGGCACACUAACACCUUAGUAAUUUAACAAAUGUACUUAAUUAGUAUCAUAGUUUUCUGUUCUCCAUGUAUUAAAGU